AUGCCAUACUCUCUCGUCUGUUUGGGAAACCCAUUACUCGAUAUCCAGGUGGAUGUUGAAAAGUCUUAUUUGGACAAAUACGAUCUCAAGGAGAACGAUGCCAUUCUCAUUGAAGACAAGCACAUUCCAAUCUUUGACGAAUGUCUCGCCAUGGACGGUGUUAAGCUCGUUGCUGGUGGUGCUGCGCAGAACACUGCACGUGGUGCUCAGUACCUCUUACCAGCGGACUCUGUGGUCUACUUUGGUUCUGUUGGCAAGGACAAAUUUGCUGAUAAAUUGAGCGAGGCCAACCAGUCCGUUGGUCUCACCACCAGAUACAUGGUGCAAGAGUCCAUUCCAACCGGUAAGUGUGCUGCCUUGAUCAACGGCCCUCACAGAUCGUUGGUCACCGACCUCGGUGCUGCCAACCACUUCAAGCCAAGUCACCUGGAGAUCCCAGAAAACUGGAAGAUUGUUGAAGAGGCCAAGGCCUUCUACAUCGGAGGUUUCCACUUCACCGUUUCUCCAGAAUCGAUCUUGAAGCUGGGUAAGCACGCUGCUGAGACGAACAAGCCUUUUGCUCUCAACUUCUCUGCCCCAUUCAUUGCUCAGUUCUUCAAGGACCCUCUUGACCAGGCCGUUCCAUACGCUGAUUACGUCAUUUGCAACGAGUCUGAAGCCGCUGCCUACGCCGAGUCCCACGAUGGUUUGACUGCCGAGUCCACUCUUUUGGAGAUUGCAACCUUCAUCGCAAAGUUGCCAAAGGUCAACUCUGCCAGGCCAAGAACCGUUAUCUUCACUCAAGGUACCGAUGCCACUUUGGCUGUUGUUGCCAGUGGUGACUCUGUUACCUCUACCGAGUACCCAGUUCACGCUUUGGAGCCAUCCAAGAUCUCUGACACCAACGGUGCUGGUGAUGCUUUUGCUGCCGGCUUCGUUGCUGGUUUGGUUGAGGGCAAGGAAUUGGCUACCUCCAUUGACCAAGGUCACUGGUUGGCCUCCCUGAGUAUCCAAGAGGUGGGACCAUCCUACCCUUUCCCUAAGCAGACCUACACUGCUUAA